UCUUCAAGUCUUGAUCGCUGAUUGCUGAAGCUGAGCUGUACCGACAAAAGGGGUCGGUCCAGCCACACUCGCACACGUGCUUCCAGCUUCCUGCCUCUCGCCCUCCCUUGCUCUCGAGCUUCCCCGCCGACCACCAACGCCCCCACAUCCUCGCAGGCCGCAGGCAAGGCCCGCACGCGGUUUCCACUCGCUUCGUCCACUGCAGAUCUCCUCGACGCCCUCACCCUCAGAGACCAUGUCUUCGUCGGAGAACCCCACGGUGACCGACCGCGGCAGCAAGCACAAGGAAGGCGGCGACAAGGAGGGCGGCGGCGGAUUCAUCGACAAGGUCAAGGACUUCAUCCACGACAUCGGCGAGAAGAUCGAGGAGGUCGUGGGGUUCGGCAAGCCCAGCGCCGACGUCUCCGGCAUCCACAUCCCGCACAUCAGCCUCAACCGCGCCGACCUCGUCGUCGACGUGCUCAUCAAGAACCCCAACCCCGUCCCCAUCCCGCUCGUCGACAUCGACUACCUCAUCGACAGCGACGGCCGCAAGCUCGUCUCCGGCCUCAUCCCCGACGCCGGCACCAUCCACGCCCACGGCCAGGAGACCGUCAAGAUCCCCAUCUCCCUCGUCUUCGACGACAUCAAGAGCACCUACAAGGACAUCCAGCCCGGCAGCAUCAUCCCCUACCUCGUCCGCGUCGUCCUCCUCGUCGACGUCCCCAUCAUCGGACGCAUCAAGAUCCCGCUCGAGAAGUCCGGCGAGAUCCCCGUCCCAUACAAGCCCGACGUCGACGUCGAGAAGAUCAAGUUCCACCACUUCUCCUUCGAGGAGACCACCGCCACGCUCCACCUCAAGCUCGAGAACAAGAACGACUUCGACCUGGGGCUCAACCUGCUCGAGUACGAGAUGUGGCUCGGCGACGACAGCAUCGCAUCCGCGGAGCUCACGCAGAACACCAAGAUCGACAAGCAGGGGAUCACCAGGAUGCAGAUUCCCUUCAGCUUCAGGCCCAAGGAGUUGGGAUCCGCGGUCUGGGACAUGAUCAGGGGCAGGGGGACAGGGUACACCAUCAAGGGCAAGAUUGAUGUCGACACUCCCUGGGGGAACAUGAAGCUGCCCAUAAGCAAAGAGGGUGGAACCACUCGCAUCAAGAAGGAGGAGGACGACGACGACGACGAUGACAACUGAGUCCCUUGUUGCAGGACUCGAGUGCUUCUGUUACCAAACACAGAUGAGCAGAUGACACUGAAGCAGGGAGGAUGCUAUAACGGUGGUUGUUGUCGUCCACGGGAUGCCCUUAACGCUCGUUGAGUUCUGAAUUGGUAGCUUGUGGUGUCAGUUGAUCUGCAUUAUCUGAACAUAUCCUCUGUGUCGUAUGCUUCAGUUAGUUUGGGCUCGUCUGUGCUGUGAAUUUCUUCUCCAAACUUUGUGGUUGGAACAUGAAGAAUAAGAUCCCAUCACCCCUGGUUCUUUGUGGGGUUGGUUGGGAGUGUUCUUUAGAUCCUGAAACGUUGUGCUGCUGUAAUUGUCGUGCCAUGUGAUCCUCUUUUUUUC